AUGAGGUCACCAACACACCCGGAGUUUUCACUCGGAAAACGAGGCAUACUAAUAUUCGUCACUCUGGCUAUCCUCACAAUGAUGGUUGCGCUAGACGGCACGUCUAUUUCUGUUGCAUUGCCUAUCAUCUCGCGUGAUCUACAUGGCACGGCUAUUGAGGCCUUCUGGGCAGGGACAUCUUUUCUUCUCUGCUCUACAGUGUUCCAACCGACGUUCGCGUCAUUCUCCAAUAUCUUUGGUCGGCGACUAAUGGUGCUUGCAGCCGUCAUGUUUUUCUUUGCCGGGACGGUUGUGGCUAGCGUUGCACACAGCUUUCGCGAAUUGCUUGUUGGGCGCUCUGUGCAAGGCGUUGGAGGCGGCGGGAUAAUCGCCCUCAGCGAGGUGAUUGUCACGGACAUCGUACCGUUGAGGUUGAGGGGGCAUUACUUUGGAAUCCUGAGUGCGAUGUGGAGUGUAGGCUCAGUAACAGGGCCAAUCCUGGGCGGUGGUUUCUCUCAAAAUGUAGACUGGCGCUGGGUAUUUUAUAUCAACUUUCCCUUUAUAGGAGUGGCGGUGGUGCUGGUUUUCCUAUUUCUUCGACUUGAUCGUGUCCAGACUUCCCUCACAACAAAGCUGCGUCAAAUUGAUUACGUUGGAACCGUCCUGUUUACGGGCAGUGUAUCAUCCUUCUUAAUUCCAUUAACGUGGGGUGGUGUCGUCUAUCCCUGGGGAUCCUGGCAUACCUUGACUCCCCUCUUUAUUGGUCUCGUUGGCCUUUUGGCCUUCGCGGCGUUCGAAUACUAUAUCGCGAAAGACCCCAUUAUCCCUCCGACCAUCUUUAACAACCGUACGGCAUCUAUUACGUUCAUUGGAACCAUCCUGCAAGGCCUCGUGCUGUGGUGUGCGCUUUACUAUCUUCCUCUCUAUUAUGAAACCGUGAAAGAAUUCAACCCUAUCCUUGCUGGAAUAGCUCUCUUCCCUGAAACCUUCACGGUAGCGCCAUGUGCGGUCCUUACUGGGGUGUUUAUCUCUGUCACCGGUCGCUACCGUGGAGCGAUCUGGUUGGGCUGGAUACUAUCAACACUUGGAACGGGAUUGCUGUGUUUGAUGAAGGUCCACACAAGUACUCCCGCCUGGAUAUUCUUAAACAUCGUUCCAGGAAUUGGGCUAGGAGUUCUGUUCCCGGCAUUAGCAUUUGCAGUGCAGGCAUCGGCCUCUAGUGAGAGCUUGGCUAUUGCCGUUGCUAUGUUCAGUUUCUUCCGCGCUCUUGGACAAUCAAUUGGUGUUGCAGUUGGGGGAGUGGUGUUCCAAAACUACAUGUACAGCAAUCUCCGUAAAUACCCUGCUCUUGCGCCCAUGGCCAAAGAGUAUAGCAAAGAUGCAACUGGACUGGUGCAGAUUGUCAAAGCCAUGCCAAACCUGGAAGACAAGGCACGUCUGCAAGAAGCAUAUACCGAGAGUCUGCGAGUCGUCUGGGCAGUUUGCUGUGUUGUGUGUGGGGUUGCGCUGGUGUUGAGCUUCGGCACUCAAAGGUAUAGUCUAGAUCGUGCUCUCGAGAGUGAUCAGGGACUAGCAACUUAUAACAUGAGAAAUGUCGAUGAAGGGAAGGGGGGCUCAGUUAGUGCUAGUUAG